UUAUCCCAAUUUGGGUCCGACAUCAUGGAAAAGCGUGUGAAUAAAGCACCCAUGUUUAUUGUUUGGGACCAACCAAGACAUUUUGCAAUAAUAAAGGGUAUGGGAAGUGAGAAAAUCAGCUGUCUGAUCACAAGGGCUGUCGUCUAGCGGAAAAAGUUUUAAACUAGGAGUCGUUUGUCUUUGUUUACGUUUUCAGUUGAAACGGGCUGAAGUGCUGUUCAAAAUCAUUUCCGAAAUCAUCAAAUAUCGUGAUAUUUGAUAACUUGGACUUGAUAUCUAACAAUCAUGGGUUACCGAUAUUGUUGUGUGGUAGGGUGCGAUUCUCGAAGCGACCGUAACAAAGUUGGGUUCUUUAAAUUUCCGAUGAAUCGCGAGAGAUAUUUAGUAUGGGUUAGAGCAAUAAAAAGAAAAGAUUGGAAGCCCAAAAAAAGUAGCCGUGUGUGUGGAAACCAUUUUGUCAGGGGACACCCUAGCCCUACCAUGCUUGAUCCUGACUAUGUGCCAAGCAUUUUUCCCACGGCUCAUGCCAGACCAAAGACAAGACAAGACUAUGAGAGAGGCCAAAGGGCAGUAUCGCGUCAACUUCGGGGCAAAAAAAGAGGGAUCAACUGUUCGGAGGAAGACCAGGAUUAAGAAGCCACAAAAGAUCAGAGAGUUCCGGAUUUUGAGGUUGUUGAGGAUCCAUCAAAGCCACCCAAUUCCAAAAUAGAUCAUCAUUCUAACGUAGCCUUGGUUUCCGAUAAAGAAACCCAGACUCAUCAUGGUUCAUUGGCUGAUAAGAAAACCCAAACUAUUCCAAUUUCCAUCGUAACUACCAUCAAGUUAAUCUACACUGCAUUGGAAUCAGACGAAAAUUGCCUCCACACAUGUGGAGUCAAUCUUGGGUUUUUCAAGCUUACACUUAAAUCCUUGGAUCACAUUUCAAGCUCCAAGGCAUUGCUGAAAGAAGAAAAGACUUUGCUUUAUUUCAUGAAGCUCAGAUUCAACAUGCCGUUCACUCUUUUGGCUCAACUCUUUCAUGUCCAUCGAACCACAGCCUCGGACGUGUUCAAAAACGUUCUGGCCAAUCAUCACCAAGUGGCUUGCGCCUUAAUGCAUUGGCCAACUCGAAAAGCCGUAGAUGGCACUAUGCCCGAGUGCUUCAAGACGAAGUUCCCAAGGACGAGAUGCGUAUUGGAUGCCAGUGAGGUCAAAAUUGAGGCCCCCUCCGAAGUGGCUUCUCAAGUACUAUUCUACUCGAAUUACAAAGCUAGUCACACCAUUAAAUUCCUUGUGUCCAUCUCUCCGAGUGGAUUUAUAUCUUACAUCUCGGAUGCCUAUGGAGGUCGCACAACUGAUGCCCAGAUCACCACUGAAAGCGGUAUACUCCAUUUUCUGGAGUCAGGCGACGAAGUUAUGUGUGACAAAGGUUUCCCGUCAAUCGAGAGUGAUUUGCUCGACUUGAAUACCUUUCUUGUCAUGCCGCCUUUCAAGCGAAGAAACAUGCUCCAGUUCAGUGACGAAGAAAACAAAGUGGGUUACAAAAUUGCCUCAAUUCGUAUUCACGUUGAAAGAGCCAUUGCUCGAAUGAAGCAAUUUGAAAUAUUGAAAUUCUUGGAGCGAUCACUCUUCUUGGAUUACAUGGAUCAGAUACUUGUCUGUAUCGCUUUUAUUGUCAAUCAUUUUCCGCCACUAAUUAAACAACAGAAAUGAAAUAGUGCGUCGGUUGAUCUCAACGUAUACAAAUGUCAUUCUUUUUACUUGACUCCAAUGAACAUUAGUCAAACUUUAAUGUCUUUUUUACAGAGAU